AUGUCAGAAACAGAUGAUGUUUUUGAUUUGAUAAACUCAUUACCUGAAACCACACCACAACAGGACGCCAAAUCCGAUUCUAAACCAACUGAUGAUAAAGAAGUAUUUGAUUUCCUUGAUGAAAUAGCUCAACAUGAGCAAAAGAAACCUAAGAAGAAAUUAGAACCAAAAAAGAAAGUGGAAAACAUUGUUAGUUCUAAUGAUGAAGAAGGAGAGGAAACCAAUGAUCCAACUACAGGAACCUCUUCAUCAGAUACAACUGAUGAUCAUGCCCAGCAUCAAAAGGAACAAAAGGAACCAACAACUCAACCCCAGGACAUUCUCGAAGUGAACCCCAUUGCAUCAUUAUCUUCCUGGUGGAGUCUGGAAGGUAAUCAAAAAGUGUCCAAUUUAUGGGGUACAAUCACUUCAAACGCUGAAAAAUUGAGUGAACAAACUUAUCAAUUAGCUUCAUCAACAACAAAUCAAUUAAACGAACGAUCAAAACACUUGGAUACAGAGCAAAUUGGAUCUCGAUUAAACAAUUUGUUCAUUAAUAUUUCACAACAAAUUAAACAGGGUUUGAUUGAAGAUGCCGAUGAAGUUCUCAAUAUCUUGAUAGUGUCUGAUUUAUAUAAUUUCACCUACUUGCAUAAAUUGGUGCUCAACAAUUUCAAUUUGGCUAUGAAUCAAGUUGAGGGUGAUAUCAAUGUUAAUGUACACGAAUUCAAUCAUCACGAUGAAAAGGGUGGUGACGAAGUUAAAUUGAAUUUAUUCUACGGGAAAUUGAUUGAUGGCGAGAAAUUGGCUAAUGCUAAUUUGGAAAAUGCUAUAAAGGAGUAUAAGAAAGCUGAAAUCGCAAAGGAAAAGAAGGAACGGGAGGAGGAGAAGAAAGAUGAAAAGGAGGUAAAACAGGAAGAAGAUGAAGUUAACGAGAUUGUGAAAUCCAACAUUUUUAUCACAAUUCAACCAAUCACUACCAAACUCGAUUCCAAACCACAAGAGGUAGAUUCAAUUGACUCCCCAUUAUCAACAUCGAUAAUCGAUUCACACAAUGCCACAUCGUUUUCUUUUACAUUAAUUCUUAAGGACAUCACAAACAACAUCACAAUCACUACUCGUACUCAACCAUUCCCAUUACGUUGGGCUCAAUGGCUUGAUGGUGAACAAUUGAAAUUGAAUGAUGCUGGAGACGUUGAAUUAGACUUGGACAAUGUUGAUCCUAAGGAAUGGGUUAAAGAUUGGAUUCGACAAGGAUUGAAUUUAGGUGUUGGCGUGUUGGCUCAGGAAUAUGUAAUAAAGAGGAUGGGUAUAUAA